AUGGCUGUCUCCAUCUUAGCCAGCACUUUAUUUUUCUUGACUCUUCUUCUGACUUAUGUCACUUCGGCUCGGGCGGCCAGCGAUUCUACGCAAUGUGCCUCUGAUCCUUACCUAGACCCACGCAACGACCCGUGCAAUGCCCUUGGCUAUAUCGCUAACAAUACGCUAACUGCCGUCGCCUUUGGUUUUGUGCUGCUGACCGCUCUCAUUCAGACUUACCAAAUUAUCUAUAAGGGCGCGAGGUGGAUGUUGCCCUUGGUCAUCGGGGAAUACAUAUAUGUUAUAGGCUUUGGGUUUCGCUUCGCUUUGCAUAACAAUCCUGAUUCAUUGGGGAUUUAUAUCGCUGAAUACUUGAUGAUUGUACUAUCUCCCUGUUUCUUCAUUGCCGCAAAUUAUGUUCUCUUCGGUCGCCUUGCCAGGGAACUCGGUGGCGUUCAUCACGUCUUGGUUCCAGUGAGGCGGCUCACCCUCGUUUUCGUCAUGUCCGACGUGACUACCUUUAUCAUCCAGGCUGCAGGAGGCUCAAUGACUACUUCUAGUGAUUACAAUUCUGCUUUGACAGGACUUCAUAUUUUUUUGGCCGGCCUCGUUUUGCAACUGGUCUCCUUCAUUUUCUUUUGUGUCAUCUACACACGAUUCCUCUACAACAUCCACGCCAAAGAGCAAGGUAUUUGGAUGCGAGAUACAAAGCAACACUGGAAUAGCGAUUGGCGAACACUCGCCGCCGCCUUGACGGUCAGCUGCAUCGGCAUUCUAAUUCGUUCGUGCUACCGUGUUGCGGAGGCCGCUCAGGGCUUUCACGGCAGCCUCGGCUCAAGCGAGGCAGCCUUCUACCUGGGUGAUACGCUCCCCCUUUGUGUCGCUAUCGUGAUCUACGUUCCAUUCUGGCCCGGAAGGUUCAUCACAUCCAGGCUAGCGCCCUCCUACGUCAACGUCAACGAAUCGCUGGAGCUAUCGAUUUCUCGUGGUACAUGA